CAUUGUCGCAUACACACAGUAUGGUUCUUUGACAAUACCGUGAGCUUCCAUAAUCCUGUCGUCUUUUGAAUCCUUACAGCUGCUAUUCGGCCAAAGCCGAUCGCAGUACUUCAUCGUGACCGUUUCAGAUCUACUACUUUAUAUCUGCUUGCCGUACGAGGGUGCAUCGCCUGCUAUAUUCUCUCAGUUGGCGUCGCUUGCGCAUCAGUCCAGGGUCCCAAGCAGAGGGCGCUCCUCGUCUACGAGCAGUCAUCAUAAUCCAACUGACAGAGUCGACAUGUGCUUUCUCGAAGUUGACGACGGACCCGGCCCCAGCGUGCGAGUCGUCGAAUACCGCCCCGGGACACUGCGCGUCUCGAUUCCAGGUCCUCGUCGCCGCAGAAGCAGCUGCAGUAGCGGUAGUAGCAGUGGCAGCUCCAGUUCCAGUUCCAGUUCCGGCUCAAGCAGCAGCAGCUCGAGCCAUCAUAGUAGCAGCAGCAGCAGCAGCAGCAGUAGCGAUGAUACUACCGUUGUCAUUGCGCCGCGUCCUUCGCAUCAUCGUCACCAACACCACCACCACUCCUGGUAUGCGCGUUCAAAAUCACCAGAACCCGAACCAUCUUAUACAACUGUGCAGAGAAUGAGAGUGCGCACGCGGUCUGAGUCCAUUAUUCCUUUCAGGAGAAGGUUCUUUGAUAGUCCGCCUUGUUCGCCGUCUCCGGUGUAUAGAUCUGUGAGAUAUGUUGAGCCUGGCGGCUGGGGACGAUCGCGUUUGCACCAUCCGGGGAGAGUAUGGGAGGAGGAGGUGAGAUAUGUCUCAGGGAGGGGAUGAUGAUUUGAGCCUUGUAAGACGGGAGAAUCAUACUUAGCUAUACAAGCUAUCGAGUUUAGAUGGCGUACUUGUCUUUUGAUUGGUAGAGAUGAUCGUUGCGUGUUCCAAGAUAGUAGAAGGAUUAUGCUCCCGUAAUGAUCUUCAAG